AUUAUCGUUAUCGUUAUCGUUAUUAUUAUUACUAUUAUUAUUAUUAUUAUUAUCAUCAUCAUCGUCCUCAUCAUCAUCAUCAUCAUCAACAUCAUCAUCAACAUCAUUAUUAUCGUUUCGAUAUCUUCUCCGAAAAAGCCCUUGUUUCUUCAUCUUCCUACUACGCUCGAUCCGGGAAGUAGGGUGAUUAUAAUUUGAUAUCGGAGAACGAGAAGAAGGGAUGACGAUUGAAUAUCGUUGAAAAGUAAUCUCAACGAGGAGGAAAACGACGACUAGCUGUCAGCACUUUCUCUCUCUUUCUCUAUUUUUUUCUUUUCUUUUUUUUUCUUCUUUUUUUUUUUUGUUGCUGUUAUUAUAUCAUUUUCCGACGAAGAAAAUCGGUGUGAGAAGAAACGAAAAAGUGGAAGAGGAAGAAGAGGAAGAAGAAGAAGAAGAAGAAGAGGAAGAAGAAAGAAGAAGAAAGAAGAAGAAAAAGAUCAGGAACUAACGAACGAACUUGAGAAUCGAGAAACGAGAAAAAAAAAAAAGAAAUUCUCUAUUGACUCUGAUCUCAUCGUAUCUUCUUCUUCUCUUAAGCUUUUUAUUUUCUUUUCUUUCCGUUCGAUCUCGUACUAUUAAAAACUUUAGUGUUUUUAUAUAAAAAGGAUUGAAAGAAAAUUAACGAGACAUUACAAAGUGAUGAUGUCCUGGUGAUGAGAAAAUAUAUGAUGUUGAUGAAUUGAUAAAGGAAUCUAAGCAAAAAGAGAGAGAGAGAGAGAGAGAGAGAGAGAGAGAGAGAGAGAGAAAGAGAGAUAGAGGAGGGAGAGAAAUAGAUAUAGAGAUAGAGAUAGAGACAGAAACAGAAACAGAAAGAAAGAAAGAGAGAGAGAGAGAGAGAGAGAAGGAGAGAUAAUCAAUCCACAACGUAAUUAUCCUUCGUCCUCGGUCGUUCAUCGUCGAAGAAGGCAGCAGUGAGAGUGCGACGUUUCGAAGAUCCGAAUAGACGUCUCUGCCGAGAGACGACGUCGGGUCGACAUCGUGAACAUCUGUGAUAUUUGACAAUUGCUUGGUGUAAAACAACAAGAAAGGUGAACGUAUCUAAUAUAUGCAAGUUUUUUAUCCGAUACGUAUAAUCAAAAAGGAAGAUCCGAAAGGAAAAUCAAAAGGGAGAUCAAGAGAAAGAGAAAGAGAAAGAGGAAGUGGGUACGGGGAGAGACAGAAAGAGAGAGAGAGAGAGAGACAGAGAGGGAGAGAGAGAGAGAGAGAGAGAGAGAAAGGAGAGAUAGAGAGAUUCGUUAAAGUGCAUCAAUCCUUUACUAUUAUUAUUAUUAUUAUUAUUAUUAUUAUUAUUUCUUUCUUCCUUUAUUUCUUUUCUUCAUUUUAUUAACUUCAUACGUUCGUUCUCUCUCAUUUACUCUCUCCCCCUCACUCUCUCUCUCUCUCUCUCUCCUCCUCCCUUUUUCGGAAAUAUAUUUCGCGAGCUGUCAUCGGCUCGAAAGGCAAAUACCGGGCACGUGUGUUGUGUUCGCCGUAAUGUCGCCUCGUUCAGCUGGAUCAACCUCGAGGUCUCUCGGGUUCUCCUGAUUUCCGAGAAAGGAUCAUCGUCAUCGUCAUCGUCGUCUCUCCACAUCAUCCUUCGAUCUUCUCCUCGCCGUUGGAAGGAUUUUUUUUUUUUUUCAUCUAAUAUCUCUGAAACACCACCGCCUUCCUUCUUCAACAUCUUCUUCUUCUUCUACUUCUUCACGGACCGUCGUCCAUCUUCUUCCAUUCGCAGAGAUUCCUGAUCGAUUCGAAGAAUGCGGUGGCCUAUAGGAACGAAGAAACGCGGAGAUUCAUAGUUGUUGAGGAACGGACAAGGACAAAAGAAAAAAAAAGGAGAAAAGAAAAGAUAAGAAAAGAGGAAAAAAGAAAAGAAAAGAAAAGAGAAGAAAAGAAAAGAAAAGAAAAAGAAAGAAACAAAAGUAAGACAAGUAUCGAAGCAGGAUCUUCGAUAUUUUCGAGUUAACGGGGGGGGGGAAACGAUUCGAUUAGCACCACGAAGACGAUAUUAGGAAGAAACGAUUUAAUGGACCUAACGGAGGCAUUUGCCCCGGGCGGGGGCGGUGAGGAUUUACCAAAAACGGAUUUUUUUGAUUUCGUAGUCUCGCCGCCUCCUCAUUGUACCUCUACGGACGGUGUUGUAUCGGACGAGGAGAGCUUUCUCCAUCGUACCACCUGUCGGAGUAUCGGUUAUCUUCAGCAGAGUCACGAGGAGCACGAGUCGAGCCGAGAUAUUCAUGGGUCCCCGUUUAUAAAAGAGACCAAUAACAACACGUUGACGGCACUACCGCCUGUUUCGACGAUAACCGGUUCACUCAGUCAUCAUCACCAUCAUCAUCAUCAUCAUCAUCAUCAUCAGCAUCACGUGCGAGCUCAUCACGGUAACACCUGUAACGUACAACAGAGUGGCGAACAGGUGGCAAUGGAUCAGUCCGAUUGCGAUUAUUGGGCCACGGAUGAGAGUAAAGAACAAACGUGCAAU